CGCUGCCCGUAGGGUUGUGUGAACUUAUAUAAGCACCUUCAGUGACAAAGCUUCACUCUAGUCUCUACUCGUUCACUGACGUCAACAGCAAGCGGCUGCACCAUGUCGGUAUCGAUAUGGAGAUUGGUAGCCAUUUUCUUUUGCAUAACAAGUGCUGCCUGGUGUCAGGAUUAUCAGCAGCAAAAGUAUGGGGAAUAUGAAACUCAUCGCCAUUACAGGUCUGCUGGCGCCGAGCCAACAACCAGUGCACCAGCUUCAGUGAGUUUAAAGCAGGAAGUUCCAGUUGGGAAUCAAACACUUGAGUCUGAUGUCACAAAUUCUACAAUUACAGCCCCUAAAAGUACCAGAGAUAUUAAUGACAUGUUCCCAUCUGACGUACAGUUUAUUGAUGAUGCUGAUGUUGUGACAUUACCAGAUGGCUCCAUAGCUUUGAUUACUGAUAAGCCAGAGGUUAACACUACUGAGGUGCCAAUUGUAGUUCCAUCGUUGGUGGGUCGUGACACAAGCAAAUCAAUUGUGGAGCCCUCUGUUGAUGGUAGUAUGGAUGGUGUGAAUGUUACAGUUGAAGGAAAUAAGACCGGCAUGGAAAACUUAACUGAUGAAGCUAUCAAAAUGUUGAAGAGGAGGCAAGCUCCACAGUUCUUUCAAGUUCCUGUGCAACCCCAACAGAUUCCACUGGCACCCCAAUUCCAGUUCCAUCCUCUACCUGUCCAACAACCAGUUGUUCCUGCAAACCAAUUCAAGGUUCCUACCCAGUUUUUGUUAUCUGCACAACCUGGCCAACCUGCUAUUUUCUUUCAGCUACCCCCAGCCGAUCAGGCUCGAAUCGCUCCAUCAAAUAUACCUCACGUCGUGCUGCAGCAGCAAGCGAAUGUUCAACAAGCGCAAGGUUUAGGUUCUAAGCAGCCGCUACCCAAACUGUCGCUGAAUCCUGUUCCGAUUCCAACUUCGACUCCUCUCGGUAACGCUACACAUCCGGUAUCCAGCAAUGGUAGUCAAGCAAGUGUGCUGAAGACUCGUGAAGCUCACGCGAGUAGGCCUAUGCACAAUUGGCAGCCACCAGUGGUUUCGUUUAAGCCUCCUCCUCCUCCAACUACUACUCCAGCUCAUCUAGGUCAGAGUCCAAUGCUUUCACAAGCUCCAUUGCCGCAACCCCCGCCUGCUUCUCCAUCUCCAGUUCCUGCUCGAACUGCUCCAAUAGAAGCAUCUUUACCAGUUGGGUCUCCUGUUCAGCGCCCAGUGAACACACAGAUUCCGGCACAGGUUCCGGCACCAAUUCCUAUGAUGCCACAAGUACCGUCUCAGCCCAUGGUGAGACCACAGUUGCAAGGACAGCAAGGCCCUUCACGACUGGGUCAACAAGAGGGUCAACAAAACAUUGCACCAUCUCCCAGUGGAAUGGAUGUUUUCCCUGCUCAGUCUUCUAUACAAGGGAAUCAGGCACUACCGGUGACUACUGCCUUUAAUCAGCAACCUCAACAGCCUAAAUUCCAAAUGGCACCUAUGGGAUCUCCAAUACCUCAAUCACCCCCGUCGUUGCAAAUGAAGAACCCUGUAGUUUCCCCGCCACAACGCUUGGCAUCGCCAAUGAACGAACCACAACCUUUUGGGUUACGGGGGGAUUUACUUCAGCAACCUCCGGUUGCGCAGCGAUCGGAAUCGCCUGUCCAACUUCCACAGCAAAUGGCUCCACCUAUGGGAGCAGCUAUGGCCCAACCGUUUCCGAUUGAUAUGGCACAGCGAUCGGAUUCAUUUGCCCAACGCCCGCCAUUGCAAGUGCCGCCUGUAACGGGUUUUCCGAUAGAUCAAUCUCCCACUCAGUCAGCUCAAAGGUUGGAGCCCUUAACGAAUCAACAACCACCAGUUCAAAUAGCCUCGCCAAGAGCAUCUCCAACUGUGCAACAGCCACAAUUCCAACCUCAAAUUAACCAGCCGAUGGGAUCGCCCAUGAACCAGCCGAUGGGAUCGCCCAUGAACCAGCCGAUGGGAUCGCCCAUGAACCAGCCGAUGGGAUCGCCCAUGAACCAGCCGAUGGGAUCGCCCAUGAACCAGCCGAUGGGAUCGCCCAUGAACCAGCCGAUGGGAUCGCCCAUGAACCAGCCGAUGGGAUCGCCCAUGAACCAGCCGAUGGGAUCGCCCAUGAACCAGCCGAUGGGAUCGCCCAUGAACCAGCCGAUGGGAUCGCCCAUGAACCAGCCGAUGGGAUCGCCCAUGAACCAGCCGAUGGGAUCGCCCAUGAACCAGCCGAUGGGAUCGCCCAUGAACCAGCCACCACAACCAGGCCCAACAGCUCCACGCGUGGGAUUUCCGGGAUCUCAGAUGAUUCAACAAUCUCCACCGUCUAUGGAACCUGGCGUACCACCUAACCGAGUAGUUGAAGGGGCUGCACCACAAGUCUCCCAGUUAAACCAGAGAAGUGUUCAUGAUGUUCGCGACAACAAGGAAGCUGCAUCCAAAGAGCGGCACAUGGGAAAACGAAGCAUAGGUAUGCACCAUAUGAUAAGACGGCAGUUAGACGCAGUACCGUAUCCUUCCAAGGAGGCCUACGAUUUUUACGUCGUUAAUCACUAUCGUAAUGAAUAUGAGGAAACUCUCCCGAUUUACAACUUCGAUUCGGUAGAUACAACUACAGUUGCACCAAGCUAUAUCACAACUACCGCAAAUCUUGGAGUACAGUAUUCUGCUUCACGUUAUUGAUCGCUGUUUAGUACGUUGUGGACUCUAAUAUAAUGUUCGUUGUUAGAUGUAAAUCAUUUUAUUGCACGUUGAUUUUUCGUACAAGUUGCAAAUGAAAUAGCCUGUUUUUUCCAUUUUCUUUCUGUUUGCUCAGUCAUACUCAUAUGAUGCGCACUAGUUUUUUGCUUGCAUUAGGUAUGACAUUAUUGAGUAUUCAUCGAUUGAUUUACGUUGGAUAGUACAGAUGUCUGCCAUAGCAACUGCGAUAUCAUUUAUUCCAUGUAUAAUUUAGUGCGAAGCUGGUUUCUAUGGCAAUAUCACAGCAAAACUGAUGUGCAGUAUUAGAAAUCGUCCAGUUGGCCGAUUGUAGUCCAAUACGACGGGUUAAGUAAAAAGUUUUCUAGUCUGAUUGAAAAUGGUAUUCUUUGAUAUAGCGAGUAGAUUGCAUGUGUUGUCUUUGUUUAUUCUGGGCCUAGUACCGUUAUCAUUUCAACAUGAUCAACAACUUAUACAGCUAAUUCUCAGUUGGGAAGAUGAAACGUGUCCUGGAACGGUAGUAGUUUUCGAUAAACACCAUUGGACAGAAGAACACGCUUUGAUUGACCAGCUGAUACUACAAUAUUCAAGACCCUUGACGUUAUUGCAGAGCUUCGGCAACUAUGGGCUGCUGCCAGAUGACGAUUCCUGGACCGGUGGAGAUGGCUCGUCUUUGGAAACGCUUUGCAAUAAUGUAAUUCUUUUUAAUCGCCACCCCGCGGAUUUAACAAUAGUCUAUCGCCAGCUGACGGCUCGUUAUCCCUACAUUGGACAAGUCCUAGUAGUGACUCCUAGUUCAUCUGAACAAGUGGAGCGGUUCCUCUAUGAAUUUAAAAAUCACAAGAUCAUGAUGGUAAUCAACCGUCCUUGGCGUCAUCUUGAGCUACGCAAUUGCUGCUGGGGACCUGAUCGCCGGAUUCGGCGAGUUGAUCUUCUGCCGGAUUCCACAGUUCGCUGGGAGGAGUUUGGUCUCCGCACUUCAAGGAUAGCAGAAAGUAAAUUGCAGGACGACAAUCAAGUUGCUGCACCGUCUGGCUAGUAUAACGAGCUGUUAUGAAGAUUUCCUCCGUAAACAGUCCCCCCGUCUUUUUACACAUAUCUUAAAUCCCAGUAGCAAUUAUUUGACUCAGUAACAGACAGCAUUUGAAGUAUUUGAAAAUGUAAACUUGUAAACACAUUGUUAUCAUGUAUUCUUGCAAUUAUUAGCGCUUUUGUCUAUCCUUACUACAACCGUAAUAAUCACUAACGUUUACCUAUAUUAAUUCUGGGAGUUAUAAAUAAUAACCCGAAUUGGAAUUGUAUCUGAAAUAAUCAAUACACUUAUAAAACAAA